AUGGGUUGUGACGUCCAAGUUGAAAUCGACAAGUCCAGCACAAGCGGAACAUUUACGAAUUAUGAUCUUAUCUCUGGUGUGGUUAAGCUCACCACAACAAGCUCCAUCUCGUUAGCUUACAUCCAGGUGAAACUCGAAGGUAUCUCUACAACGGAAUUGACAGUACCCAAGGGUCGUCAGGGUAGAGAAAAGAACAGGGAGAAAAAGGAUAAGUUGCUACAGGAUGUACACAAAGUGCUCUACGAUUCGCUUAUUGUUUUUCCUCCAGAGAACAUCAGGCUGGUGUCCACUUCAAAAGAGUUUACCUUGACUCCAGGUAACUAUACAUAUCCAUUCGAGUUCAAGAUCCCGUUGAACAAUGCAUGUUCCAAGGUAUCGGGAGUCACCAACAAGAUCCUGAUUAACAAGAAAUUCGACGUGGUUAUCAACAAUGGUAACUUCAACUCUGCCGUGCUCAAAAAUGCUGCCAACAACUAUCUCCAGGGUUAUACCAACCCUAAUGCUCAAAAUAGCAGACAGCAGAGUAAACAGCAGUCAAUGAACCAGCAGAACUACCACAUUCAGUCACAGCUUCCUCCUUCGCUUGGGAAUACCGGCGAUCCCGCUUCCGUUCGUUAUUUUGUCAAGGUCACUUGUAAGAGGUCAUCUUUUCUCAAGAUGAACCUCCGUGCUUUCGAUCCGUUCAAGUUCUUACCAUUGGAUCUAGAUGCUCAUAACCAACCUCUUGUUGAAGGUAGGCUGUAUGAGGAGUAUAGGGAGAUGUUCUAUCGAAAGGAUAUGGUGUUCAAGGAUCGGUUGCCAGAGAUCGUGGGAGUGAAACCAGAACCGAUCAAGGCCCUUCCAAAGCUUCCUUCGGCGAUACCACCAAAGAGAGGCUUCAUUCUGUCACUCUUUGGAACUCCAUCACCUCCUCCUGCUCGAAAUACUUCUACACAAAGAGGUGCAUCGAGUGGCGUCGAGGUCAACACAACGUCCGUGCCUUUUUCUUUUGAGGUUCGGUUCCGUUACCCUGCAUCUGUGACGCCGUUGCAUCCUCCCCUGUUUCAGCUCUUCUUUGUCACAGACGUAAAUCCAUCCAAGUACUCGUUGGCACAAUAUGGAAAGCCAGACGAGUCCAAUGGACUUGGAGUCAUCUACUUGCAGCGACUCACGAUCGAGCUUAGAUCUACUACACACAUUUCAGUUUUAGAGACUGAUGGUGCAACUAGUGAUAUCCACCAGGCAAAAUCUGAGCAGACAUUUCAACUCUGCAACAACACAUACCAUAACCUACAGUUUGACUUGAAAAAUGCUAAGCGUCUGAAAUCUUCAUCUGCGAGCAGCACAGGAUUUGUCUCUGCCGGUGCUUACGAACUUGAAAUCCCACGUAAGUACUUUGACAACUGGGACAUACCACCUCAUCUUGCGCCGACAUUUGCGACUUGCAACAUCAACAGAACAUACAGCCUCAGCAUUGUUGCCGGAGUGUCGAGCGAGCAAAUUGUAGACAUGAACAACCGCACGGAGGUUGAGCGCAAGGUUAGGUAUGUGGACUUGUUCUGUCCAGAAGUGAAGGUGAUGAGUGGACUCAAACUCACCAGCACGCUACAUUCUAAUGCGUCUGGAACCAGUCUUGGACGGAGUGAUAGAAAGGGAUCAGUGGGGCCAGAAUGGCAGCCUAUGCUUCCAAAGAGGCCCUCGGUACAUUCGGUUCCAAGCGAAAAGGGUUCUGCCAGUUCUGCGGAGGAUGUUUCACAGCUUCCACCAACUUAUGACGACGUUGUACGAGAAAGCACCUUCCAGGACAACAGCGAGCAUUAUCGGGCGCGUCGUAGGUAUGGAGGAUGA